AUGUCACCAUUAUUUUCCUUUGUAGCUUUCGUUUGUGAAGAAGUGGUGGAGAGCUGCACCUUAUGCGGCGGCCUUUACUUCUUUGAAUUUGUAAGCUGCAGUGCCGUGCUUCUGAGCCUCUUGCUACUGGUCGUGUAUUGCACUACUUUGUAUGAAAGAUUUGGGGAUGACAGUAUCAGAAAAACAGAUUUUGUGGCCACAACAAUAGUGAGCGGUUUCUUUAUCUUAGCUUCAAUUGUGUUUGCUGCAACCAAUGACAAGUCAUCUGUUGAAACUCUUGCAAUAGUGUUUGGAUUUCUGGCAAGUCUAGCAUUUUUGGGUGAUCUUAUCUAUAUGCUUAUGAAAAGACGUAAACCAGCCAAUGAAAAGAAAGCAGAGAACCCAGACCGACAGGAAACACCAGAAAAUCAGCCACUGAAAAGUGAAGCCAAAGUUUAAAAAGUCUGUUUCUUUCUAUUAGUUAAAUCCAGAUGAAAUACUUUACUACAUUGACAGUUACUGUCUUCUUUCUGUUUUUCCCUUCUAACCAACUUUGUUCAUACUGAGUACCAAAAACUUGUAUAGACUCUUACAUUUCUUAACAACAGUCUCUCAGGUAUCAUGAUUUAUACAAUUCACCAGAUAACUUGUCCUGACUAAUAAUUGUUGAAGAUGCGCACUUCAAAAGGAAGAAGCUGUCUCCAUCCAGAAUUCUUUUCUUUAAACAAAAUAGUUAAUCAGUGUUCUCAUUUGCUUAUAAGACCUUAAGAGCAAAGAAUGAUAUACACCAAUAGUGUGUGCUUGAAUUUCAAGAUCUAUGUUUAAAAUACAGUACUAAAAUUGUAUGGAGUACAGCAGGGCAGGGUUAGAAUUCUGCUUAAUUCUCACUAAUCUAUGUUGGUGACAUUCACCUUUGUUUUAGAUGCUUACUAUAAAUUAGUACAGCAUAGUUGUUUCUUGUUUGGGGGGAGGGGUGUCAGUUAAAUUAUACCUAUAAAAGGGACAUUGCUUGAAUCUUACAGAAGUUUCUAGCUGCUGAAACAGUUUGAUUCUUAUUUUAGUUCUAGAUUCUCUCUCUGACAGUCGGUAUAAGGCACCCAGUGAAAGAUACAGUUGGCCAAUUGUUUUUUGGCAAUAGACACAUUGUGGAUCCUGCAGCCAUUUUUGCAUUCCGCAGUUCUGAAACUUUGAAGUCAUAUCUAAUGCACUUAAAAUAGCUAAAAAGCCAUAAAAACUUCAAGAGAAACUUGAAAUAAACUUGCUUCAUAAGCUAAGGGACAAAUAUUUUCAUAUUAGAUGAAAGAGAAUUGAGAGGAGGCAGAAUUGCCUAUAAACAGAAAAAGGGAUAAAAGGUCACCUUGUGCCUGAAAGCUUGUUUAAUAUCUCUCCCAACUACACAGUUGGUCUGAUAAAAGAUAUUACCAAAACAAAACAAAAAAAUUCUCACCUUUUCUUACUAGGCAGCACAAGAAGUAUUUUUAGGCUUUUAUUUUUAUUAAGCUUCACCAGGGAGAACAUUGAACUUAGAUGCUCUCCAGUGCCUAUCACAUGUAUUAAACAACUUGCGCAAUUUGCUUCUGCAUAAUUAAGAUGAAUUUGGCCAGGAACAGCCUACAUUUAUUUUCUUCAUUGCCUGUAUACAUGCAAUAGUUUGAGAUUCUUGUGGUACAGUCCAGCUCUGUUGAAUGGAUAAAUAACCAAGCAAACAGCUGUGUAAAAUUCUAAUCUUAAAACAACAACCUAUAGUUACAUGAGAACUAUAAGACUAGACAGUGCUGGAGUCCUGAUCAAUAGAGCUGUACUUGAGAGCUAAGAGGUAGAAAGGCAUUCCUCAGAGAUCUGGUGGCGGAAGAGGAAAAUAGGACAACUAUAUGUGCAGGGUAAGUGGUAGUAGAAAAGGAGAGUAGGAGAUGGGACAAAAUAUUAGAACAAACAAAAAAGGCUGAUAAUGCAAAGUAGUUGUCUGUUUUCACGACAUGCAUUGUCUUCCAUGGCUUGAGACAUUAACUUCCCCACAGCACUUCACCAUUUCCUAUGAUGAAACAAUUGCCUUUAAACUUUUAGAGCAGCACUGAGACUGAGGGUGUCAGGCACUCUCACCGGGUUUUCAGAACAAGAUGUGGAGGUUGCAGAAAUGCCUUUGAGGCCUUGAAAAUGAGAUCAGAGUCUUUUCCAAGGCUCUCAUCCCCUGAUGGAUCUGUGUUUGUUUUCUUAUAAUGUGUCUACUCUCAAAGAUUCACCCUUAACACUACACUUUACUGAAGGAAUGUAGAAGAGGUAUUGGGUGGUUUGCAUGAAUGAUGGGGCUUCAUGCUUACUCUGUAGCAUGCCAUCAGCAAUGCAUAUGUAUUCUCUUUCUAUUUCUUUGGAAAAAGGGCUGUUCUGUCAGACAAAUGCUCGUAUUUUCUGCAUAUCUGCACUAAAGCCUACUCUCAACCUGCACAUGGAAAAUGGUUAUUACUGCUGUUGGGAAUUGGUACUGUGGGUGUUCAGAAAGCAAACUAAAGAGCGUCUUUCCAAACAGUACUUCCGAAGAUGUAAUAUGUUGUCAUUGGCAAUAUCACAUGUAAUUCCAUAACUUGAAAUUGGUAUCUGUCACUACAGUGAACAUUGUCCCUUUUUUUUGACUUAGUAUCUGUUAAUGUUUCUAUAUGUUGUUUUUACUAGAUUCUUGUUCCUCAUAUCAAAAGUAUCUAUGGAUUUGUUUUUUAAAGUUCUAGCUAAAUGUAAAAAUAGCACUGUAAUGUUAUUAUAUUAGAAAGGCUGAGGGCUACCAUUGUAUAAAAGCCAGCCUGUUUGUUCUGCCUGUUUAGAACUCAGCUCUCAGGCAACACAGAAUCCAUAUACUUCCAGUGUGCCGUACAGAAGUGGAGGUAUUGCUGGUGGUAGACAUCUAUUGAUUUGUAGGAUGAUAUGGACUUAAAUAGCACUAUUCUUGGGAGGCCUUCUACAAAAGGAAGAAUUUUGAGUUGUACAUAAUAGUUUUGAGUCCUCAGAUAUAUCUAUCUAAGUGCUUUGUGCUCAAGGUAAAUAAUGAUUAUAUUCCCUUUACAGCUGAGGGAAGUGAAAUAAAGAGAAAUUCAAGUUAUUUUUUUCCCCAAGGCAUUGCAGGGAGUGGGUGGCAGAACUGUGACAUGAACUCAGCCCUCAUGACUCCCAGUCUUAUGGUCUUACUGCUAAAAAAAAAUGGCAAAUGCAUUUGCUUGCCUACCUCUGUAUAGUACUUUGAUUUUUUUUAUUUAUAUCCCAAAUAGCCAAUUAAUGAGCUUUGCUCAAUUGGAGUUGGAGUUUAACUGUGUCUACAAAAAUCCAUGGGUAUUAUAACUUCAGCUGGGCCAGCAUCUUACUUCCCAGGCCAGAUCUGGGAGUUCAGAUUACCAACCUCCCCCCCACCCCUCAUAUCCAGGCUAGUAUCUUACAUGCAAGCCUCAGGCACAGAGGCCUGGGGUUUUGGAUGCCUUCUGUCAUGCUUGAUUUUAGCUAAAAGGCCAAGUACUCUUGACACCUGUAGUAUAAAGCAGCAUCCAAGCCAUCCAUUGUUGUUUUUCUUCCUCCCUCAUGCAAAAUCAGCAUUGUUUUUUGCAGCAAGUUUUUCCUCAUUUGUUAUCCAGUUUCAUUUUAAGUGCCUCUGUAGUGUGGUUUCCACCCUCAACAGUAGCCAUUGGGGUGACCUUCAUGUGGAAUGGAGUGUCAAAUCAUUUGUCUUGUAAAGCUAGGGAGAAGCUGAAAGUGCCUUUUUCCAAUAGAAAGGAAUGAAAAAACAAUACAAUCAACUACGUUUUGAAAAAAGAAUGGAUGACCUUUGGAAAAUAAAUUAGUUCUGCCUUCUGAUUAGCCAUAGGAGAUUUCUAUGGAGAGAAGCGAGACCUGCUACAUUCCUAAAUACCCUGGCUGCCAGACAGUUGGCUAUCUAACCAUCUCCUGUGGCAACUACUACUGGACCAGCCUGCAGUUGUUUAAUUGAGUUUAUCUAUAAGGUGAUGACAAUAUACAGUUCCUAACAAAAGUUUGGAUAAGGCAGUGCGCCAUACCAACCUCAGGGAAAAGAAAAUGAUUGGCCUAAAUCCUCCAGCCAAUCCACCUUUGUACGCUAAGUGGAGCAAUUCUAUUGCUGUAAAAGCUCAUUCGAACCAGCUGGACGUUCCCCAUCGGAUGAUUCUAGGAUCAGAUGGUCUUUGGUUUUUUUGUUUUGCUUUUUUCUUUUUUUUUUUUUUUUAACACAUGGUUCCAAAGUGCAUGUAAAUGAGUGAGCGAGCGAGCGAGCGAGUGUCUAUUGAAACUGGACUAAAGUGUUGUUGUUUGGAACACUUAAUCAUAAAAACUGUGGAAGAGAAUCAUUUUUAUAGGAAGUCUGUACAUUGUACCUGCAAGGGAGGGCUGUCUGCUCUGUGGUGUUAUGAGCCUGCUCUGGUUGAGCACACUGUGAGAAGCUUUGGUCUCUCCUAACUGGCCCAUGUAAGGCUGUCUAUACUCACCUCUCUGAAGUCCUGGUAGCAGACAGCAGCCACUCCUCCGAAGCUGCCACACUGAGCCCCUGUGGCCUUGUUGCAUCUUUCUGUGGCUCCAUUCCACAUCCUGGAGGCACAGCUCUACAAUGCAUUGAAUGGACUGCAGCAGCUAGGCAAAGGCAUAGGAAUGUCUAUGCAAACUGUUAGCUGAGUGGCAGGAGAAGCCCCCCCUCCACUCAGCAGAGGUGAAAUAAUUCUGCUGGAUUGGGGCAGGGUGCCAUGGCUGCCUUAGCAUGUGAACACAGAGUUCUGCCAGCAAAACACUAUAUUGUAGACUAAGUCUGAGACACCAGGCAGAGCCAAUGAAUCUUCCCACCAGUUUCCACAAUGUGUAUAACUUGAAGUACUAUGAGGAUGAGCACACAGGAUUGUUGAGGACCAGUUAUAAAGGGAGGAAGUGACAUGAAAGGCCUGGGAGCCCCUUGAAUAUUAUAUGACAAUGUUUAGAGGAAACAGUCUUAUUUUUUACUUAAUAUUUAACCCAUACUGUUUUAACCUAAAAUUAGAAUACCAGUGAGAGGAAAAAAAUCAGCAUCCUUUUUAAGGCACUUCGUUGUUAAAGCUCUACUCCAUCUCUAGAAAGCAGGGGGAUAUUUCACAGUGUGGUUAGAGCUCUGUAAAGAGUCUUUGGCCUGACAGCAGUUGUAUUUGUGUUGAUUUCAAUUCUAUUCAAAACACAGCAACUAAUUUGUGCAAUAGAAAUGUGAAACCUCCAAUAAGAUAUCCUUGUAAGCUUUUUUUAGAAAAGUAUAUGUAAUUGCACCAAUUCACUAAACUGGCAGUGCCUUGUCUAAUGCAGGAAACAAUUCCUUUUGACUGUUUUCUUUUGUCACUAUAAAUGCUGAGUGUGCAUCAUAAAAUCAUAGAAAAUUAGUCAGAAGGGACCUCAGGAGGUCAUCUGGUCCAACCACUUGCCCCAAACAUGACCGUCCCCAGUUUUAUAUCAUCCUAGAUAAUUUUGAAUGGUAGCAAAAUUAAUGCAUGUUAUUUUCAUGCCUUGAGAACUAUUAGUUAUUGAAUAAGGGAAAUAUAAUAAUUAUAUAUGUAAAUUAUAUAUGGUUCUUUAGCUUUUGCUGCACAUACCUUGAAAUGUCAAUCAAAGUGGUUCCAUAUAUUUAAGUAUUUUCUCCUUCUCUAAGCCUGUGGUCUUUUUAAUGCAUUUUUUUUGUCUUAUGAAAUUUCUAAAAUUUUGUAAUCAUUUUAAAUAAAGGAUUAACAAAU